AUGGAGGAUAAGUCUAUUGGGCUCACAGAUGUAGCAGGACACAAUGAGUUCGCCAUGGCUGGAAGUAUUGGGACCUUAUCUGUGGAAUACCAUAAAGUAGUGCCUGAAGAUACUGAAGCAGUCUGGGAAAAGAGUUUAAUUCAGAACAACAAAAAUGAGAUGAGUUCCCAUAUUAUACGACAGUUGACCAGGCUGGCACAAAUAUAUGAUUCUGGUGGUCACAAACUUUUAAUAGUCAACACAAUUAGCUCUGGACUGUUAUUAGGAGGUGCAGAUAUAAUACAGCAGUCUUUGGAGCGAAGGAAAAAGGAAAAACCAUGGGAUACUGAUCGUACAUUUCACAUGUUAAUCACUGGAUGUAGCGCUGGACCACUCCUGCAUUACUGGUAUUUAUACUUAGACAAAAUAAUCCCAAGAAAUGAAGUUCAGCGAUUUAAAGUUGUCAUCACGAAGGUAGCAGUCGAUCAGACCAUUGCUCCAUUUUUCGCAGGUUGGUAUUUCAUAAUCAUGGCCCUGCUCCAAGGCCAUCGUUUGGCAGAUGGCAUUGAUGAAUUUAGAGAUAAAUUCUGGGACUAUUAUUUGGCAGAACUUGCUGUUUGGCCAGCGGCUCAAAUGUUUAAUUUUCUAUAUCUCCCCUCAAAAUACCGAGUGUUGUUUGUGAACGUAAUAACAUUGGGAUGGAAUGUCUACCUUUCAUAUCUGAAACAUCGAAGUUGA